AUGCCGGGGACGCUCCGGGAGCGUGGGACAGCUCGAUCUCCGCAGGGACUGCUCCGAGGCGGGACCGGGACAGGUGAUCGGCUCCGCUCCCGAGCUCCCCAGAAGGCCACGGCCCCCGAGUCCGCGCGGCUGGGGCCUGGGCUGGCUCCCACGUUACCCGGCAACCGGCCCGCUGACCGCGAUCUGCCAGACCGCCAACCGGAAAGGAGACCUGUCGCGAAAUCCCGGCACGGGCGAGUCUGCGAAGGCUGCGCGCGAGAACCCUGGCGGUCCCAGAGGCGCCCGGGUGGGAGACUGCUGCUUCCCCUCCUCGGAAGCCGGUCCCUGGCCGCGGCGCCCCUAGCCGGUCCACGCCGGAAUCCCGAGCAACAGAGUCUGAAGGAUAAUUAUCCAUCCAAAUUCAAAGAUCCUAUAAUUGUCCCUCUUCAAGAAUUUGCAUGGGAUCAAUUUCUACAGGAGAAAAAAAAGGAACUCAAGAAUGAAACCUGGCAAUAUUCUUCCUGUGUGAUGUGUUUUAUAAAUGAUCAACUCCUGGGUGAUGCAUUUGAACUGCAGAAAUGGGCCCAGAAGGUGUGGGACAUAGUUGAUAUUAAGCCUGCUGCACUUUAUGAUGCACUUACCAUGGAUUAUGCCACUAAAUUCUUAAGUGACACCAAGCACAAUUUCGUGUUCCUGGACAUUUGUAUUGAUUUUUCUCCAAUUGGAAGAUUGAUUUUUGAGCUGUACUGUGAUAUAUGUCCCAAAACAUGUAAAAAUUUUCAGUUCUUAUGCACAGGAAAAGCAGGGGUUUCUCCAAAUGGCACAAAGUUACAUUACAAAGAUUCAAUUUUUCAUCGAGUAGUACCUAAUGGUUGGAUACAAGGAGGGGAUAUAGUAGCUGGAAAAGGAGAUGAUGGAGAGUCCAUUUAUGGACCAACAUUUGAAGAUGAAAACUUUUCAAUUCUUCAUAAUAAAAGGGGAGUUCUUGGAAUGGUCAACAAAGGCUAUCACACCAAUGGGUCACAAUUCUAUAUCACACUACAAGCAACUCCCUACCUAGAUAAAAAAUAUGUGGCUUUUGGGCAACUGAUUGAAGGAACGGAAGUUCUUAAACGACUAGAAGUAGUUCCAACACAGAAUGAAAGACCAAUACACAUAUGUAGAAUUGUUGACAGUGGAGACCUUUAUGGCUAAUUUUCAUAUCAAUAUUUUCUGAGAAUUUAUUCCUUUGUAUCUGAUCAGAUGUUUUUAGAUUUAAUUAAAUUGUGCUUGAUAAAAUUUAAUUUGAAAUCUAUGAUAGACACUGUAGGUUGGCUCAUCUAUUACCCAGUCAAUCUAUCCCCAUUUUAUUUUCCUGCUUCUACCACGGACUGUAAAAGUAAAAUACUCAAUCUCUCAGCCUCGUCUGCAGCUGGGUGUGGCCAGGAGAAAUAGCUCUGGCCAAUGAGACAGAAGUACAGCCCUAUAGAGCAGUGGUCCUGCCACUUCAUCCAGUCUUCAAUACAGAGAGGCUUGAGCCACAACUGUCAUCCUGUGACCAUGAAGGAAAGGCCGAGAGAAUCGCAGCAAUGUCAGCCCAGCCUCUUGAGCUGCAGAAACAAUAUCACCAACCACCUACCUCUGGAUUUCUUACUACAUGAGACAAAUAGACCUCUGUGUUGUUUAUGUUAUUUGUAGCCCAAAACAUUCUUAAUUUAGUACAGUGUACUUGAAAGUCUUUGAAUCCUGAAACAUUUGUAAUAUUGGAUCAUCAAAAAAGUCAUGAUGCAUUUUUGCAUAGAAAAAAUAUGCCAUGACUUUUCCCAAUGACCAAUAGAAUUAUGUUGUUUGCAACUACAUCUCUAAAUUACCAAAUAGGCAUGAUGCGAUAGAAAGAACAAUUCCGUGUAACAUCGCCUUGUUCAUACACAGCAUUUAGAAAGGGCAUAUGCGUUCUGGUUUUCUUAUUGUUUUGUUUUGACAUGAAUAUAACCCUCGUCUCUGAGCCAUACCAAUUGUAUGAAAACCAAGGGCUUGGGGAACAGUCCCCAUGGAGGCUGACUCAUGUGAUAUCCCUGGAGAUCCAGCUUGAUCAGCUGUUCCUUAAUCUCAUUUCUCAAACUCAUGUCACCUGGGGAGCUUUUUAAAUUCAGGCAACUGGACUCUGGCCUGAGUCAGACUCUACACAUGAGACUGGAGUUGUGUGUGUAGUUAGCUCUCUCCUGAGUAGUUCUUUGACACCAGGCACCGAUCAUCUGGGAAUCACUGCAAGAUACAUAUAACUGGUUUCAGCCUCAAGAAAGUCAGGAAUAUGCUUGAUGCUGCUACUGGUGACUUCGCUCGGCUCCUACCAC